AUGAAACUUGAACUCGAAGAGGAGGCACCAGCUACUCCUUCCGAUGUGCCUUCACUACCCUCAACGACCGUACCUACGUCGAGCAAUACACCUGCUAGCAGGCCUAGUUAUUCGAAUGUGCCUUUCACCACAGUGCCUGCUGGUGGCGGCGUUUUGGGAACGAUUGCCCGUUUGCGCGUGCGGCUAGAGGAGCAGGAGGAGUUACUUCGGACGACCUGCAUGGAAGCAGAGACCAGUUUUACUGACAUGGCUCAGCUGCAGGCGGAGUGCCAGCCAAGCAGGGAGGAAGCGAAUUACAUUUUGCAGGCAUUGGAGGCCGAACUCGCAGCAUGUGACCGUGAAAUUGAGGAGAUCAAGGAGCACCUUGCACAGAAGUCCCUCCUUAUUAACGUGAAUGAAAGCGAGGUUCAGUUGGCCCGUGACGCGCUGGCCGCCCAGAGCAAGAAGUAUGCUGAAAUCGUCGGCACUCUCAUUCACGAUGUUUACGAUAUCGGAGAGUGUAUGAGCAGUCAGCUUCAGAAGCCGAAUACGGGUAACGGUGAACGAAUUGAAACAGAUGUGACGGUUAUGUAUCUUUACAUGAUCAAAAUGAUAACAGAGGCCAAGAUGCUGCACCUACGGGUGAACCAACUCGAAGAGGGGCGAGUGCGGAAUGUGCAGCUUUUGAGGAGAUCGAAGGAUGAGUACGCCAUCCGAGUCAGAGGGCUCGUAGUGAAUGUGAAAAGUCUUACGGAAAAAGUGGGUGAUUCGGAUUAUCGCAUACAGCAGCUGCAAAAUAUGGUCAAUAAAGCCUAA